AUGAAAUUUAUGAAACGUUCAGGAUCUGCGAGUCCUGAUGGUGAAGUACUGGCUGCGAAAUUUUGUGAAUGGAUUACUGAAUGUGUAAAAAGUGCCGAUGAUGAAGAUUGUAAUAUUUUGUUCAAUGCAUUGGAUGUCCUUGCCAGUAUCAGCUCUGAAGGAGAUGCUACAAAGAUUGCUACUGUUAUUAUCAAUUGCCUGAAUGCAUUACCGUUACCUGAGAAGAACCUGGUAUUUGCGAGAAGAUGUGCUGUUGUGCUACGAACAUAUCCUAACGAUUCCAACAAAGUCAAAAUGGAUCGUUUUGUUUCUACAGCCUCUGAGCCAGAGUUGCUUGGCCUUCUUUACCGGCUCGAAGAUGCCGAUGUAGAGAUUAGUGGCUCCAUUUGGGAUGAAGCAGCGAAGCUUCUUGCUACAUCCAGAGCGGCCGAUGCAAAACUGAGCAAUUUUGUUGUAAAUCAGUUAGCUGCAGGUAUACGAACUAGGACAAUGCAGUCUUCUUCCCGGUUUAAAUGGUGCAUAGAAAAAUUGGGUUGUGCUCAACCAGAUGCCAGUUUUUUGUUCUCUUUCUGCAACGGUAUCUUGGCGAGACUGGAAGGUCAACAAGCACCUAUUAUUUCCAAACUCUUACCUUUGUGGAUUUAUGCCGUUAUGGCUCACUCCACAUCCAGAGAACUGGACACUAAAGGAUUCACCUCUAUGAUUUGGGACCAUAUAGUGCGGAUGUUAGACAAAAUAAAUCAGCCGAUAACUACGGAUUUAUCACCCGGCAACUCUGAGGCUUUUGUUUCUCGCUUAUUUGAGGUGCUAGGCACCACUACAUCAUUUGCCGUUGUACGUCCUCUUAUCGAAGAUGCUGUGCCUUCCAAGCUGGCUUAUCAAGUUGUAGCACUCUUAAAAAGUGAGGAUGAGGAAGUGCAGGAACGUGUCAUACGCAUAUGCUGUGAGAUGUUACGUCAAAUAGGUCCGAUGUUGUUGAAGAUUGCGGAGGAAGAAGCGCCCCGUACUGGUCUCAACCGUACGGCCUUCAUUGUUAUAACUCAAGCAGUUGUCUCAAAGAUCGUCAAAGGCUCUCUAAAUCACGACUUCUUGAUACAAGUGAUUCCAACUUGUAUGGCAGCUAUUGCAAGGCUGCCGUACAGAAUGUUUAUCUACUCUCGAAUAAAGGAUUUCUUACUCAAGUUUGCCUCCGAAGAAACUUUACUGCGUCGAAUGCUAGAUGAGUUGGCGAGUCCAGAAUGCUCGGCUUAUUAUAGACAACUGACGAAGGACUCUGAUGAACGCAUCAAAAAGCUUGUGAAAUGAUUACUUUGAUGAUGAUUAUCUUCGAUAGUUGCUUGUCUGCUCUAAGCAUCUGCAUGAUCUCGUACUGAACAAAAGCAGCAAUAGGAGGUGCUUAAUAUGAAUAUACUACGCAUUUCUAUCAGUCUAGUUGUUGAAAAUGAUUGCGAAUUCAAAGAAGUUCGAUUGAUUCCAUAAAUUAAAAACUAAAGUAAUAAAAAUUGGGUAUUC